AUGUCUGGAUACCCCAAUGGAGACUGGCAUACCGCCAACGGCGGUGCCCUACCUUUUCGACCACCAACCGUUGACGAGGCACUUCCAUAUUCCCCAUUCACGUCAAUUGUACCCUUCUCUCCAGACGUUAUACCCUUCCCUGUAAACGAACCGCCGACACCUCCAACCACUCUCACUCCAGAUCAACAGGCAGCGGGAAGGAAGGCGGUGGGCAUUUUGAACGAGGAGAUCAGAGGGCCAGCCUCAACUGCACACCACCUGGAACAUACGUUGCGAGAGUUGCGCAAUUUGUUGGGAGACCCUCGCGAGAUGACUGAAUUUCACUUCAAGCCUACGACCCAGCUCGCUACGCCUCCGCCUGAUAGUCCUUCUAAAUCGGCCGAUGAGAGUACGCCAACCAGCCGUCCGAAGCUCAGCCCGUUCGCAAGCAUGCUCCUGAGGCAGACGGAUGUACAUUAUAAACCGGUAGGAACGCCGGCACCGCAACGUUCCAAAUCGAAACAAGAGCCACCGCGGCCACACGUCUCUACCGCUCCGCCUCGCCGACCUUCGCAACAAGCAACCCCCAAGCAAAACAUCACAUCCUACGAACAAAACAACGCGUUGGCAUAUCUAUCCAACACACCUGUCCCUUCUAGCACCAGCUCACAGUCUCGUUCCGGCCCUGCCGUGGUCAUCAAGCCUUCAAGUGCACCCAAACAUGAGUUCCGCUUGAUCGAAAAUGUGCCAUCUUCUCCUACCGAGACUCAAGCCCCAAACCUCGACUAUCUGGCCACUCUGCAACCGGCCGAAAGAGAAAAAGCUGAACAAAAGAUUCACAAGCUGCGAAAGCUUGUCGGCCAGUACCGUGAGGCCAAGGAUGAUCUUGAAAAUGAGCAUUUCGAAAAGAUCUCAACUCUGGACUCGGACAUAACUGUAAUGACGAGUGACGCUUUGAAAUUACUGUAUGAUAGGGUCAUGGCGGUAUAUGCUACAAAGUGUUUCUCGUCCGUGCCUGUGGAGACUAUCGUGCAGAUUCAUUCUCUUUGCGAUCCGUUGAUUGCCAUAUCGGACCAGGCCUCGCUGUUCACGGAGGAAGAGCUGGAUACAUGGACUAGAGAUCUAGCAACCGUAGAAUCAGGACUGAAGGCCGCUAGGCUCGCUUUGACCGCCAUGUUAGAGGGACCUCAAGAUCGUCGGACAACGUCCGAAGACCUCCUCACGGCGAUCAUCGGAGUGAUGAAACGCGUGCUGGAGUCUUGCAUCUUUCCGGUGCUGGCAGCAUCACGUAACCACUCCAUUUUUACGUAUGCGUCGGAUCACAGGCCAGAAAUUUCGACCGUCCUUCGACUCUGCACUAGUGUUGAAGAACUACUGGCCCAGACUGUCCGAAGAGUCACUCUACCUGACAGCGCCUUGAAUGCAGUGGAAUUUCUAGCACUCACCUUGCUUGUUCACCCAAACAGUGACUCCGAAAAGGACUCUGCGUUGGGCAUCCAGCAUUUCGAGAGGCUGCGUCGAGCUGCUAUGGACGUACUCGUCAAUAUUUUUGCGUUUCGCCCUGACCAUCAACAGUAUGUUCUCGAUGAAAUACUGAACAGCCUGGAGAAGCUACCGGACAAGGGUCCAAACACGAGACAAUUCAAGUCGGUGCGAGAGGAGCCUAUAAUGACGGUCUCCGCGAUCUUUAUGGAGUUCGUUCAGGUCGCCGCAACAAACACUCAAGAUCAACGCACGAAGGCGACUUCGGACCCCAGGGAGGAAGACUCUUCACAUGAGGACAAAUCUGAGAGCGAUAACGAAGAAGACCGCCCUGCCGUCCGGAAAAAUAGGGGCAGCAAGGCCAAUGCAUCAGCAGAGGCCACUGCUCGUCGACUGAUGCACACUUCUCAGCUCACUGCCCACAAAAUCGCCAGCAGGUUAACAGAAAGGGCAAAGAACGUGACCAAAUCUGGCGAGAAACCAUUUCGAAACUUGCUGGAUAUGUUUGUCGAUGACUUCUGCAAAGUCCUUGGCUCGCCUGAGUGGCCGGCAGCCAACCUCCUUUUGGUCCCGUUGUUCAACCUAAUGUACCAGCUCCGCGACGAUAAGGAGAAUCGAAACAUGGCUAUUUCUAUACUGGGAACUAUGGGUGGUGGCAUCCUGGACUUUAAAAAGCGCACUCGACAGCUGAGACGCGACAUUGACGUUUCGCAAUCCGAUCUCUCCGCUAAGCUAUAUCGGCUCACUGAAGAAAUACUGGAAGAUGACGGGACAGAGCUCAAAAAGAGCGACCUCCUUGCACUUAAUGACCCGUAUCGGAUGGUCGUUGAAUCUCUUCCCGAUUACCUCAAGGUCAACGACAACCCCGAAGAUCUACAUCUUCUGUCGGUGCGUGGAUGCUACGUUUCCUGUUGGCUGGACUCUAUAUCUCAAGUCAUCCUCAAAGAUAAGGAAGCAGCCGACGAUAAACUCAUCGUUGACUUGCGAAGGAAGGUGCAGUCUAUGGUGCUCGAACCCAAAUGGUCCUCUCAGGAGUACAAAUACAAAAACGUGUCCGAAUCACAAAGUCGCCUGGCGUCAGGUGCUGCUACCGUAAAGAACACUUUCUGCCGGUGCUACCCUAGCAUCGUUGCUGUCAUGUUCCAACAGGUCACGGGCGGCGGGGCCCAGCAAAAAACGAAUGCGAUAAGGAAUAUUGAUUCUUUCCUGACCAAAGACCCUCAUUCCAUUUCUGACAGACAUGUCAAUCUCUUGCUGAUAUCGAGAUGCUUGGAGUCAAAUCCUGCACUCGGGCAGCUUUGCAUGCCAAGCGUGCUACGAAUGACCACUGACACCCACAAUGAACCGAAGAAGAGGGCGAUCAACCUCUUGAAGACGUUUUACACAAGGUCUGAUUCACUGGAGACAAAAAUUCAGAUCGUCAUCGCCUUACUUCCUGCAUCGCAGGAUCACGAAAAGACGGUCGCGGACAUGGCACGGCAAGCGCUCGAGGAAGUCUGGUUAAAGGUCCUCGCAACGAAGCACAAUGGUGACGAGAACCGUCUGAAAUUACAACGUGUGGAACGCGUCUCCUUGAUCGUCCAGACUGUGCGGAGGACAAAGAAACUCCCAUCUACCAGUUCAACGCAAGCCUUGGAGAAAUUCUUUUCUACAGCUCUUGCGAAAGGCGCGCCCAACGCCUCCGUCAACUUCCAGAUUUGCAAGGAUCUGGUCGCAGAUCUUGUGGAGGGUGUGAUCAGCCCAGAUUCCAUGACCGCGGAUUAUACCCAGGAAGGUGGUCUGCAGACCCUGAGCAUCUUUGCCAGAGUCAGCCCGGAGAUGUUCACACUUGAUCAGAUUGAGCGACUUAAGCUCUACAUUAUCGACCCAAAGACUACAGAGGACAUCGAGAUACUGAACUCAACUGUUACAGUCUAUCGCUUCGUCAUUCCCCAUCUACCGGAUCUACCAACCAAAUUCGCGGAUGACGUAUGGAAAUUAUUGAAUGUCGCGAUAUCGAAACUGGCACGAGCGGCAGCAAAUGGCAACAUCUUGGGCAAAAAUACUCUUCUCGGAAUCGGCCAUUGCCUUUGGAUCAUGAAGGAUGUGCCAACUAAUGGACUUCCGAGACUGCUAGCCCUCAUUGGCUCCAUACUUGUCCAACUCUUGCAGGCUGCUGCACUGAGCGGCGACCCUUCUACGCAAGAAGUGCAAAAGGCGCGGAUCAUGUCAUGGCUGAUUAUCAUCGGCACUUUCGGCAAAGUCUGUGAUUGGAGUGGACAUGUCGCCCAGUUUCACACUUCGGUCGCAAAUUCGGCGAAGAAGAUUGUCGCCAGCAAGCCUGCAGGCGCAAAGCAACUGAAGAGUCUGCUCGACCCGAAAGGCAGUGAGCCGUCUGUUAUCCUAUUGGAGGCCGUACGCCCUUUCACCAAGCAGCCUUGGGACCUUGCCAUCCGCGAAAGCGCGAUGUGCGCUGUGGGCGAAGUGUGUCAAGGGAGCCCUACUCUAUUUCAACGCUCGGAUGUUGAUAGUACCUUCAAGGUGGUCUUCAAGAAUGAUAUAAACAGUCUGAAGCAGAUUGUUCUCACCCAAUUCCUCGAGUUCUUUUCCAAGAAAGAGGGUCAAUCUGAGGAAGACACUACCCCUGUUGGCGACAAUGCAACAAAUGGGAGUGGGCGUUUAGGCAUCACAUUCCGAGCGGGCGAUGGUCAGAUCCCGGUCACCUAUCUAGCACGCAAAUUCUUACAGGAGGUCAUCGAUAUUGCGCUGCAUAACGACAAUGAGCUCGCUCUCGUGGCCACGAAGAUCAUUGUCAGCGUGAGCAAGCAGGGCUUGGAUCAUCCUAAAGAGGUUGGGCCAGCCCUGAUUGCUAUAGGAUCCUCCCCAAACCCGCUGGUAUCCGUAGUCGCCGCCCACGAACACAAGUCGAUCCAUAGCAAGCAUGAAUCUGUGUUUGAGAAAGAGUAUAUGGUGGCCAUCAAAAUGUCCUUCCAGUACCAGCAAGACGUUUUCCAGGACCCGCAUGGGAUGACCAAGCCGCCAGACUGUAAACCUAAAUUGGCACAUGUCUUCAAUGUCAUGAAGGACGGCAGCCGGAAGACACUCAAACGGUUCAUUGACAAUCUCUCCAAGCUCAUUGACUUUAAGCUUUCUGAUCUUGUUGAUCCCGCGGCAAGUCUCGAUGCUUUGCUACUCGCUCGAUUCUGCCUUGAGAAUCUUGCCUUGUUCGACGUAGCAAAGGUGGAGGACGUAUCCCUCAUCAUCACUGCCCUGGAGAGCAUUGUGCUGAAGAACACUGGCCCCUCAGUCGGUGUUGCGAUCGAGACCGAGAUGCCGAAGAAGGACGUGCCAGUACCACAGCAACCGCAGCUGCUUCCUGAUGCUACCGGUAGUUUCAUGGUACCUGACGUGGCGAUGCAGGACGCUAUGCGAGACGACCAUGUAUCUGUCUCGGAUGAUCGUCUUUUGCAGAUCACACGUGCUUGCAUGAUUCUUCAGAUGAUGUGGGAAACCCGAUGCUUCGUCCGCAAAGCCUACAAUAUCAAGGCGAACCGCAUCUCCCCGAAGAUUUUCCAGAACAGCGCUGGGCGGAACAACCUGAUCAAGGGUGCAGAUUUGUGGGAGAAGUUUGCACACAUUUUCAAUGCUGUCGAAACCCGCCGCAGCAUGAUCGAUCAUUGCUACGAUUUUUCGGAACUACUAGAAGUGGACAGGGACUUCGCGGUAGGGGAUGAGGACGGUGAAGAUGAGGAUGGAAUGGGAUAUGCGACACCUGAGGAGAACGAUGAGCAGGGCAUGCCUGUGCCAACGAGCGGACGCGGACGGAAGAGGAAGACUUCGGCGAGUCUUACGAACACGCCGAAGAGGGCGAAGGGCAGGCCGUCAGGUAGCAAGAAUAAGAAGAGGAACUCGAAGACGCCCGAGUGGGAUGAUGGGGACUAG